AGGGCGAGGCAGACCCAGGAAGGGGUGCAGGGCAGGGGGUUCUGCCAGGCCCCCGGGCUUUAAACUCUUAGCACUUCUGCUUAGUCAGACACAGUGUGCACCUGCUCAGCCUUGCCCCUGUGUCUGCAAGUUAAGGAGCAUGCCCUCGUUGUAGGUAGCUGUGCUUCAGAGCCCACAGCCACUGCAUGUAAGGGGCCAUGUGAUGUAGCCAGAUGGGAUGAAGCUGGAUUAGCGGGCAUCCUUUCUGGCCUUGCAGUAUGUGGCUGCUUACUGGAAACAAGACCUAAAGGAAUGAUUCUGAUGGUUGUUCCUGAAACAGAAUCCCAAGGCAGGCAGCUUGCAGGCCCACAUUAUGGUCUGUGGCCCUAGUUUAAGUACGCUUGUAGUCAGUCUGCUGAGUUUAGUUAUGCAGAGACAGUCCACUUUAAUGCUGCAAGCAAACAGUUUCAAUGUCUAACCAUUAAGGAUUGUAUUUCCACAAAAAUCUGCCUCCCACGGGUAUAAAGAUGAGCAACUGUGAUGCAAAAACUGCCAGUAGCAGCCAAGGCAGACCUGGAGUCUUGGCAGAGGCUAGGUCUGCCCUGUGGCCCCAGGGCCACUGCCCAGCUUCUCUGGAACAGUGAGGUCACAGCCAUGGCCUUCAUUCCGACGGGAACAUCUGCAGCAAUAGUAGGUGGGUGUUGGAUGCCAGCGUGCUCACAGGCAGCUGCAGCCAUUUUCACUCUGUGGAUGAACAUCUGCAAACAAGUGGUUGGAUUUUCGGGUUAUUGAAGAAUGGGUCAAAAAUUGAGAGCUUGGGGAAUGCAGGCAAAACUCUACUAAAUGAUGAGCUAGUAAGAUGGAAAAGAUGGCAGAUGACGAUGAUGCAAGGGAAACCUUGAAGCCUUUGGUGUUCCGUCUCCAUGAAAAUGCCCCAGCAAUAGUCCGUGAGGUUUUACUGGAACGUGGUUGGACUGAAUUUGACCAAAAGGAGCAAGAUGACACAGACUGGAACUUGUACUGGCGGAACUCACCUUUUCCUAUGACAGACCACCACAGCAUUAAACCAUGGCAGAGACUCAACCACUACCCAGAAGCUGUUAGGAUUACCAGAAAAGACUAUUUGGCAAGGCAUCUGAAACGUAUGAAAGGAGCAUACGGAUCAACACUGUAUGAAUUUAGUCCAGUGGCAUUCAUCAUGCCCAAUGACUACAUCAAAUUUAUAGCAGAAUACAGCAAGGAGAGACAGUCUGUAGGCAGAAGACCUAGCUACUGGAUUUGCAAGCCUGUGCAUCUCUCCCGUGGAAGAGGCAUACUCAUUUUCCAAGACAUUAAAGACUUAGUAUAUCACUGUACAGUCAUUGUGCAGAAGUACAUUAGCAACCCCUUGCUCAUUUCUGGGUAUAAAUUGGAUCUUCGCCUCUAUGUGUGUGUCACCAGCUUUUGCCCCCUCACCAUUUACACUUACGAAGAGGGGCUGGUGAGGUUUGCCACUGAAAAGUUCGACCUCAGUUCUCUAGACAAUGUCUAUGCCCACCUAACAAACACGAGCAUAAACAAAUAUGGAGCUUCAUAUAAAACGUAUAAAGAAGGGAUUGGCUGUGGUUGCAAAUGGACAUUCAGCAAAUUCCGCUCUUACCUUCGAAUUUUUGGGGUUGAUGACAUGCUACUGUGGCAGAAGAUGAAUAACAUCGUGAUUCUCACCCUGCUUGCUGUAACCCCUUUACCGGAGGCUUCCAAUUGCUUUGAGCUCUUUGGCUUUGACAUCCUGAUUGAUGACAAGUUCAAGCCGUGGCUUUUAGAAGUGAACUACAAUCCAGCCUUGUGUUUAGACUGCUCCAUUGAUGACACUGUGAAAAGAAAACUUCUUCAUGAUAUUGUUGAACUGCUUAACUACAAGCAGAAUGACACUCACAGGCAGAAUGAAAUGCCUGGGUCAAAAGCUGUUAGAAGGCAGGUGCCCUGGAGAAGAACUGGUCAGAGCAUACCAGAGGGGGCUCCUGACUUACUUUCUUGUCAAAAAGUAUCUGCGUGUAUUUCUGCUUCUCCAACACAACCUGCCCUGCAGUUUGCAAGAGGAUCAAUUCGUAAGGUGUCUACCCUGACCAAGAAAACUGCCAGAGCACAUCCGAGGGAAACACUGACUUCUCAGCUGCGGGAGAAAAGGAACAUGCCAAAAGCAUCCUCCCAAGGAAAAACUGAAGCUAAAAACAAACAACUCCCAGCUGUGCGUUCUCCACUCAUUUCUGCCCAACUCAGCCGGUGGUCACCUUCACCUGAAGCCUGUAACUACAAGUUAAGCACACGCCCUUAUUUCCUCUCUGAUAAAGACCAGAUGCCUAUCCGCCAGGUCGGAGGUUUUGUCCUGAUUUUUCCUUUUAAUGAAGCCGCACUUCAAGCUUCCAAGGAUGGCAUAGAUGUGAAGAGCAUCAUAAAGGAAAUAAACAAAUUAGUGAGCAAACAAAAUAGCACAAGACAAAGAAAGGCAUAAGCUGUUUGACUUCACGAUAUGUAUAACUUCAUGAUGUUAGAUCAUACAGACAUCAUUAGUGUCAUCUGUAGCUUGAAGGACGUAGAUGUACUGAAGUUGUAUUAGAAAGAGAGAUAUUUCAAGGCGUACACAAUAUAAAAAUUGUAAUUUAGCAAUUACCACAAGAUUAUUUUUGAAAAUGAAAGAGAAUAACUCUUAAAAGUAAUCCCAAAAUAAAAGUGGUGAAUUGCAUAUCCUCUGAAAUACUUGUCAUUAUUUAUUAUUUAUCUUGGAAGUCUUUGCUUCCUUUCUUUUCCUGGCUUUGAUUUGAAAAAGCUGGUCAGUUUACAGCAAGGAGGCAUUCAACAUGCCCUCAGUUUACAAAGAUGUGGGUGAUAUGAAUCACACUAAACAUUUUUGAAAAAAUCCAGUGAGCUUCCUGACAUCACUUUCCACAGGUUAAUUUUGCACUGUAUGAAACAACAAUUUGAAACAACUUUCAUUUUAUGACCCAUAGGAUUCUGCAGAAAUUGUUACUGAAAGUGAGUUUUUAGAAAAUAUGUACUGACAUACACUGUUACAGGUUUUUUUUUCCCCCCCAAAUAAACUCUUGAUAAAGAAGGCUUCCCAAGGUGAGAAAGAAACUUGAUAUAGGAGGGCAGGAUAUAAACUGCAAAUACGAUGUUCAGAAGAGUAAAUCAAACCUCCGUCUCACAGACUCUAUGUUAGCCACCUGAGGGGUGCAGCAAUUAGGCAGCUUUGUUUUGCUUUCAGUAAAACCUCUUCACUGAUCAACUAAGCAUGGAAGAUUAAUUAAACACUGAACUGAGGCAUCUGAGAUUGUAAGAUCACUACUCUUCCCUUGUAGACCUUUGCUGCCCCCAGCUGUCUAAAACUGAAGGUACUGUUCAGAAGUCACCCACAGUGUUUUCUAAAUUUGUCUCAAAAUUGAGGCUAAAUACUGGCUGUAACAUGCUUCAUCUAGUGCCAGAAGACCUGUGGAGAGAAAUAGGAUUUCCCAGCUGUGUCCCACCUCCCCAAAGGUUUCAUAAAAACAUGUUCA